AUGCAAUUAGACCAAUCUUUAUUGAAACAAUUAACCGAUAGAAAGGUCCCCUUGGAAAGAUUGGAAGCUUUGGAAAAAGAAUGUGUCUUCGAUAAAUUUGAUGCUGAUGUAGCUUUUGAGAUGGGAUCUUUCAUUAGAAAUGAAGCUAAAGAAAUGUCUCCAAAUAAGGCAAUUGCCAUUGAUAUUUCUUUGCCUAAUGGACAUUGUUUAUUUCGUUCAGUAACACCAGGUGGUAGUAGUUUAGAUAAUGAUUUCUGGAUUAAAAGAAAGCAAACCACUGUCUUACGUUUUGGCCAUUCUACCAUGUUUAUGGGCAUUAAAAAAGGUAAAUUGACUCCAGAAGAGAAAUUUUUUGUCGAUUCUAAGGAAUAUGCUUUUCAUGGUGGUUCUAUUCCGUUAUUCAUAGCUGGUUCUGCUUUCCCAUUUGCUGUCUUAACGGUUAGUGGUUUGAAACAAGAAGAAGAUCACUUAUUUGCAACUACUGCUACUAUUAAAUUUGUCUCAAAACGUGCUGCCCAAAAAACUCAACUAGAUUUGGACUAA